CAUUCGAAAUAACCAAAGGGCACGGUCUCUCUCUCUCUCUCUCUCUUUAUCUUUUGGCUCGCUGGACGCACCAACCACUCCUCUCCGUCAGCAGCGCCAAUGGCAUGCUUUUCCAUUUGUGGUAAACUAUAAUAUAAUUUUGCAGUAUCCCAACUCCCCCUUUUUCUCUUUUCUCCCUCUCAUUACUCUUCCAUUACUCUCGCUCUCACUCAACCCUUUUUCUCUUUCUUUCCCUCUGUUCUCCCCUUCGUAUCUUUCCUUAUGGAAGUCCGCCUCCUUCCUCCUAUCUCUUUCAUGGAGCCUUUGGCUUAAGAAAGGAGGCGCCUUUUCAACUCCUCGGGGGAAGAUCCGUUUGCCAUGGAAUCGAUUUUUUCAGGCUUUGUGAUAGAUCCUGCAAAAUGCAAUGAGUUGAGUUUGGAGGAAAAGAGGGAGCUAGUACAUGAAAUUUCACGUUGGGCUGACAAUGCCCCUGAAAUUCUUCAGUCGUGGACCCGUCGGGAGCUUCUUCAGCUCAUAUGUGCAGAGAUGGGCAAAGAGAGGAAAUAUACUGGCGUGACAAAGCCUAAAAUGAUUGAGCAUCUCCUUAGGCUUGUAUCACAGAAGAAUGGUAAAAUCAGUGAUGAUAAAAAUGGCAUUUCAUCUCUCACAUUGAAAAAUCAAAAUGUAACUAAAAAGAAAAGGAAAAAAGAGCAACCGCUACAACCUGGAAAUGAAAUGCACUCUGAUCUGUCUACUGAAGCCAAAGAAGACAAUAAUGACACCCGCCUCUGUCAGAAUCUUGUAUGCCGAGCUACAUUAAGUCCGCCAGAUCAAUACUGUAAACGAUGUUCUUGCUGCAUCUGCUAUCAAUAUGAUGAUAACAAGGAUCCUACUCUGUGGUUAGUUUGCAGCUCCGAUCCUCCAUAUUGUGGUGAUUCUUGUGGUAUGUCUUGCCAUCUCAAAUGUGCACUAAAGCAUGAGAAGGCAGGCAUUUUGAAGAGUGGAUGCUCUCAGAAGUUAGAUGGAAGCUUCUACUGUGUUUAUUGUGGGAAAAUAAAUUGGCUUAUAGGAAGCUGGCGUAAACAGUUAAUAAUUGCAAAAGAUGCGAGGAGGGUUGAUGUACUAUGUGAGAGACUAUCUAUUAGUGACAAGAUCCUUAAAGGAACUGAACGUUACAAAGAACUCCAUAGUAUUGUGAAUGCAGCAGUGAAGAAACUCAAGAAAGAAGUUGGUUCUCUCGAUAAAGUCUCUGCAGUGAUGGCAAGGGGUAUUGUCAACCGACUUGCCUGUGGUGCAGAGAUUCAGAAGCUUUGUGCUUAUGCCGUGGCAACUAUAGAUUCUAUGCUUUCUACUUCUUUUAACCUCAUGGCCAGUGCUGGUCUAAACAUCCCAGCAGGUCCUCAAGUUUUCUGUAUCCAGUUUGAAGAUCUCUCUCCAACUUCUGUCGUCGUCUCGCUUCAUUCCAGAGAUGACGCAUUUGAAGAGAAUAUCAUAGGCUGCAAGCUUUGGCAUCGAAGUUCCGCGACUUCGGACUAUCCUGAAGAACCAACCUGCAUCAUACUAAGGCCAGACACAAGGAUCAUGAUAUCAGGACUCUUUCCUUCAACUGAAUAUUUCUUUAGAGCAGCUCCCUUCAGCAGUACCAAGGAAUUCAGUAGGUGGGAGGCCAAGUGCUCCACACAAAACCCAAAUGGUAACAGCAGCAGCAAGGUGCCUGAUUUGAAUUGCAUUUCAUCAUUCCUGAAGAAAGAACACGAGAUCGCCGAGCAACCUAUUAUCAUUCAAACCGAUUCUCAAAGGGGUUCGACGAACUCCAGUGAUGAUCACCUGGCAAUCAAAGUCUAUAAACACGACAGUGACAACAAUGAGAGCCACCUGGUGCCACCUAUCUUGGAGUCGCGUGCUUUUGUCAGUUCAAAUUCUGUUCCCGCCGAAACACCAAGCAAACCCAAUAGGAUUAUCAGCACACCAGGUUCAGCAAACAAGAAGGAAUCAGCAGAGAGGGAUUAUGAGUAUUGCGUUAAGGUGAUUAGGUGGUUGGAGUGCGAGGGGCACAUGGAGAAGGAAUUUCGUGUGAAAUUCCUUACAUGGUUCAGCUUGAAGGCGACGCCGCAAGAACGGAGAGUGGUGAGCACAUUCAUUCAUGUUCUGAUCGACGAGCCCGCGAGCUUAGUUGCUCAGCUGGCAGAUGCCUUCAUGGAUGGGAUUUGCAACAAGCAACCAGCAGUGCAAAGGGGGUUCUGCAGCAGGUUGUGGCAUUGACCAUAUAAUCAUCUUCCUCAUUUUACACCAAGAUGGCUGAUUCUUAGUCUGUAGAUUUUGUUCAUGUUGCAGAAAAACCAUACAGUAGGGAGGGAUCCUGUUAGGAUAUUUCUGAUUUGUCUUGUAUGGGAAGAACUUACCUGUUGGAGAAAGAAAGCCCCACUGUUUAGGCUUUCAUGUAUUUGAAAAUUUGGGUAAGUUCAGGAUCCUAAUUUUUUUGUUGCAACCUAUGAGUAGGGUGGCAUGGAAGAAAAUGGUAUCAAGAUUGUCAUUUGGGUUCUAAUUUGUAGAGCACAUAGCUCAUAGUGAUUGAUUAGAAUUAUUUUCGUCCAUAAUUGUUGUUUUUGAAAUUCUAAGCUCUUUGAUCUGUAGAUGAUUAUCGUA